GCUGCCAGUGGCUGCAGGUAUACGUCCGGAACACGCCCGGUUACCGCCCGCCGCACUUUCGCUGCGGCGUCGCCUCCCACUUCGCCAAGCUGCCUGGAGGCGGAAUCCGGGGAGCACGAUAACAUCCUCUGACUGCGGCCUCACCGUCUGCGGCUCACACAGGGAUUGUUGCAUUUUGUGAGCUUUGCACUUUAGUGCAAAAUCCUAGCUGUCUUCUUAGCUGCAACAUUACUCGGGUACAUAUUUCCAGAAUGUCGGAAGGAAUAACUAUCCUGCCUGCCACCGCUGAAGACUAUGAAGAGUUGAUGGCGAUCUCUGUUGGAAUAUACAAUGGAACGGACUAUCUGCCUUGCAGUUACCAUGAAUGGCUGGAGGACCCGCAGAGGAGGAUGUUUGUGGCCAAGUGUGAGGGCAAAGUGGUGGGCUUUCAGACGUUCCUGUUGGUGGAUGGCGGAGUCACAGCGGUGAUGGAAGGUCUUCGGAUAGCCCCCUGGAUGAGAGGACAAAGGGUGGCUGGUAUCAUUAAAAGAUUUGCAAUAGACAUCGUACGUUCUGAUCACCCUGAGGUUAAAACAAUCCGCCUGACUUGUGCAGAGAAUCCGCCACCCUCCCUGCUAAAUACGUACACCCUGAUCAGCUCCAAGGCUGUCAUAUCGGUGCACCUUCCCUUUGGCCAAUUUGAAGGAUCACUGAAGAUGCUGGAAAGUCGAGUGGGCAAGGUGGACAGUUCCAACAACCACUCCGUCCUUGAACCUACUGAGGUGUUUAAACUUUUUGAAGGGACUAAGAUAGAAGAGCUGCUUCCUGGGAAGAGACUGAUCCAGGACUGGCUUCCGCUGACUACCCACAGAGCCAACCUGGAGCUACUUCUAGAACGGAGGAUCUUUUGGAUCUAUUCACACCAAAGCAAUUUCCUUUCUUCCCCCAAUAACACUAAUAGUGACCCAAACAGCUGUCAGCCCAGCGAAAUCAGUGAAUCUACUCCUUCGUCUGACUUCCCAGCUAUGACUCAGUCCCUUCCUGCUCCCGUUCUCUCGUCAAUAAAUUACUCUUCCCCCGUGUUCCUCAGUCUUGGUAGCCCGCCAUACCCCGUUCCAUUAGCAGAGGGCAUGCACGUCUUGGAAAUUGACCUGUUUGGGAAUGACCCGGCAUGCUCCAAGAUCCAUGUCCUACAGCAGUUACAGAAGGGGAUACAGGCUCUGCCUGCAAAGUGUGAUUUGAUUUUCGUCAUGUAUGCAGAGGAGAAUCUGCGGGCUGAACUCAAUGACCUGUGCGAAGGGUUAAUUCCGUUCCACCGAAUGAAGAAACAGCUACUGCUAGAAAUGAACCUCUAGGGGUUAUGUCAACCUGUGAAAACCAGCUGUAUCGCAGGGAUGUCUUGUGCAGGAUCUUUAGGUACAAGCCGGUUAUCAACCGUGCCAGCUCACAAGGUGCCAUCCUGAGAAGACUUUUCCAUUAGACUCUUGUUCUGUGUCACUACAUACUUACAUAGUAUGGAAAAACACAGAAAGAAAUUGUCGCUAGAGAGCUGAAUUGAUAAAAAAUAUAUGUAGCACAAUUUUAUUAAUACUCUGUAUAAUCCUACUGUUGCAACAUUCAUUAAAAACUUUACAUUAAUUUCAAACACAGCCUGUGACAUUGCAGUUAGGAGCUGAUUGGCUGGCUUUACACUUUAUCUCUCUCCAAGGCUUAGUAAAUAGACCCCAAAGUACCGGCCAUUCAGCUCCAAGCUGCCAUGUUACAGGCUGAUUGAAAAAUGACAGGAGCUGGUUGGUUUGUA